AACCCGUCGAUCAUUGAUAUAUAAACGGCCUACUACUGUAAAAUCUGGAUCAAACCCUGUUUACAGAUAUACAGACAGUGUCAAUCUACUCUUAUAUACGCUAGCAUCAACAAACUUUUAUAAUGGAGGAACUGGAUAAAACACAGUUGCAACUUUUGAAGAAUGCCUUCGACGCGUUCGACCACGAGAAGAAGGGAGUGAUCAGCACAGACAUGGUUGGCACCAUCCUGGAGAUGUUGGGCCAUGAGCUGGAUGAGGGCACGCUAAAGGAAAUCAUUGACGAGAUCGACCAAGAUGGGUCCGGCGAGUUAGAGUUCCCUGAAUUUUGUCAGUUGGCUUCUAAGUUCUUAACAGAAGAAGAGGAAGACGAUGAAGCAAUGGUACAGGAGUUGAGGGAGGCUUUCAGAUUGUACGACAAAGAAGGUAACGGCUACAUCACCACAGAUGUCCUGAAGGAGAUCUUCAGAGAGCUAGACAACACUAUCACAGCUGACGACCUGGACACUAUGAUCGAUGAAAUUGACUCUGACGGCUCGGGGACCGUAGACUUUGAAGAAUUCCUGGAGGUCAUGACUGGUGAAUAAAGAGACUAUGUGAUAUAGAUAAUAGAAAUAAUUUUAAUAAUAAUUUAUAUGUUUAAAGACGACCAAAAUGUAUCUUCGAGGGCCUCAUGAUGAAUUGGAGACUCCAAGAUGGUAUAUUUUGAAGACAUAUUUCAUAAGUUAGUUAUAUUAAACUGUACAUAACGAGUCCUAAAGUACAAAACUGCGCGCAGUGAUUUAUAUUUAAUAAAUAAUUAUUUUUUAAUAA